AUUUCUGUAUUAUCGAUCCAGCUUGGAAUUGUUAUGAGUCGGAAAAGGGGUUAGGUUACGCAGUCACGCAUCAAAAAUAUAUUGCAGACUUAAAAAAUACAAACACAUACAAUUUGACUUUAUUGCUGCUUAUAUAAAGUAAAAUGAAGCUCACGUGGGUAUUAUACAAGCAACACAUAGGUAGAUCUAUUAAAAGAUUGUGGUAUGUGAAGCGAGAACGCAAAAUAUUUGACACCAGGACAGAAGAACACUUGUCGAAGUUGGGGAUUUUGGUGAAGGAUGCUGCAGAAGUGUCCUGCCCGAAACAGGAAUAUCCAAGGAUAACUGUGGAGUCUCUGAUACCAAACCCACCAGCGUUUGACGAAACGCAUCCAGACUGGAAAGCUCGAACUUGCUCGGUGUUUAAGGAUCACAAUAUUCUGCAGGAAGGAUUUUGCCAAGCCCAGAUACUGACAAACACUGUGUGUCUGCCGAACAGCUCUUCGAAUUACAUUCAAGAUUUAUAUUCAGAUCUGCCAGAACAUGUAGACGACAUUGUGAAAAGGAUAAUUUAUACUUCAAAUAUAUUUGACGCUCAUCAAGAGCAACUACCAAAGAGGAAGGAUCCUGAGAGACCUGCGUGGGUGUUUCCUAGAGACUUUGGCAUAACCAAUUGCAGAAAAAUGCGUAACUUGUCCAGGAAAUUUUUACAACUUUGUGAAUCCUUGUCGGGUCCAGAUGUCGCGCGGAAACGAUGUGCAUUGUAUGAUGGGAUCACAAAUUUAAACUUUGAUAAAGAAUUAGAUCUCAUCCAAUUUACCCUGAGAUCGGACGUGACGAUCAUGUCGGCAAAUCCUCUGAAACCGAUAGAGAGUUCUAACAGCGAUAUGGAAAUAGAUAUCCCGAAUAUUUAUCCAAUGCAUUACACCAUUGGUUUGGACACGACAAACUUCUACAAAACUGGGGACGUGUAUCCUGUCAGUACAACAUUGCCUUGGAUGAACGUCCACACGAUUUUUGUGCACUACGAUCCCGAGGAAGUGAAAAAUCUGACGGAAUUACCCGUGACGCAGAAUCAGAUUUUCGGUCGCACUUUAUUAAAAACGUUCACCACGGCGGCGUCCUGCGCGCGACAAAAAUUCGGUUCGUCCGUGAAGAAACUGCCGGAGCCCGUGACUGUGCAGUGCGUGCAAUCGGACGGGAAGAAUUACCACUUCUUCGUAUUUCAACUUAAUUCGUUGGACGCCAGUGACGCCAGUGUGAAAAAUUUCUGGUGCGCCCUGUCGCCGUUGACGCUUUACGAGAAAGCCGAGUACAACAAUGGCAGACCAGUAGUCGAGGGAUACAAUCCGGAGGUAUUCAGAAGAAUACUUGCGUUUUACAGGAAUGAAAGUUAAAUAAAAUCUGUUAAAUUAAACAAAA